AUGCAGCAGAGAAAGCAGCAGCAGCAGCAGCCGCAGCUGCAGCAAGGAUUGACAACGCAGCAGCAAACUAUGGAGUGGAGACCCCGCAGCGAGCCGGAGGGGCUUGCUGCAGGGGACCAGCAGCAGCCGCAGCAGCGGCAGCAGCUGCAGCAGCAGCAGCCGCAGCAGCAACAUGGGCAGCAGCAGACGCAGCCACACAAGCGGCUGGACCGACCACAUAGGAAUAUGCAGCACAUGCAGCAAGAGAGGCAGCAGCAGCAGCAGCAGCAGCCACAACACCAGGGUGGGAAACGAUCACCGAGGCAGCAGCAGCAGCAGCAACAGCAACAGCAGCAGCAGCAGCAGCAACAGCAGCAGCAGCAGCAGCAGCAGCAGCAGCACAGCAGCUGCAGCAGCAACAGCAGCAGCAGCAGCAGCAGCAACAUAACCGUUAUCAUGGGCAUCGUCAGCAGCAGCAGCAGCGUCAGUAUACAGUGUCUGCUGCAGCAGCAGCUCAUCUUGUUUAGCAGCACCCUUAGCAGCAGGAGCAGCAUUAUUAUUAUUAUUAGCAGCAGCAACAGCAGCAACAGCAGCAGCAGCAGCAGCAGCAGCAGCAGCAAGAUGUGUGUGUCUGUGUGUAUAGCUAAAGUGCUGCUGUGCCGCAAAGGAGACCAGAGAGCAGCAGCAGCAAAAGAAGCAGCAGCAGCAGCAAAAGAAGCAGCACCAGCAAAAGCUAUAGCAGCAAAAGAAGCAGCAGCAGCAAAAGCAGCAGCAGCAAAAGCAGCAGCAACAGCAGCAGCAGCAGCUACUGAUGAAACGGAGGAGCGGCUGCAGCGACUCGCUGAUUCUCUAGCGCUGCAGCAGCACCAAAUAGAUGCCUUAGUACAGAACAAAGGUUACACUAUAGGUGAUAAGAUUGCUGCUGCUACUGAUCCGCAGCAGCAGCAGCAGCAGCAGCAAGAAGGAGAAGACAAUGUUAGUUUGUAUGAGGAUGAGGAGACAAGUCAUACAGGAGAGGAGGAGACAGCAAAGCUAGCAGCAGCAACAGCAGCAGCAGCAGCAGCAGCAGCAAAGUCAACACCACCGCAUGGCAGAGGAGAAGCAUCAGCAACAGCAGCAGCAGCAGCCGCUGCUGCUGCUGCUGCUGCAGCAGCAGCAGCAGACGAUCCGGAUGCUAUACUGCUGCACCUGCAGCAGCAGCAGCAGCAGCAGCAGCAGCAGCAGCAGCAGCAGGUCCGCAGAUUAGCUGCUCCGAGCUCGCUAGAUUUCCUCUUACAAGAAUUAAAUGGCCCGUCUUACGUUCGCCCCAUCCAUCAGGAGCAGAGACAGACACAGAAGGAGAGGAGACACCAGCAGCAGCAGCAGCAGCAGCAGCAGCAGCAGACAAGAGAAGCAGCAGCAGCAGCAGCUGCAGCAAUUCGCUUUGUAUUUUGCCAUUCACUGCGCGAGAAACGAAACUCAGACGAAACAUCAAACGCGACGCUUCCGAAUGCAACAGCAGCAGCAGCAGGAGCAGCAUGUGGUGCAUAUGCUGCUCCUGCUGCUGCUACACCAGCAGCAGCAGGAGAAGCAGCAGCAGCAGCAGCAGCUGCUGCUGCUGCUGCAGAGAACCCUUGGUUGUAUGAAGGCUACUGCUCAGACUCAAUGGCCCCACAGACUGUGCGCAGCUUUUGCUGCGAAGUUGCUGCUGCUGCUGCAGCAGACCCUGCUUGCUGCGACCACUAUCACCGUAACAGCAGCAACAGCAACAGCAACAGCAACAGCAGCAGCAGCAGCAGCAGCAACAGUACUAGUAGUAGUAGUAGUAGCGGUGUUUCCUCAGAACACCAUACCCAUCUUCCUCAAUCCCCUGAGCAGCAGCAACAGCAGCAGCAACAGCAGCAGCAACAGCAGCAACAGCAGCAGCAGCAGCAGCAGCAGAAGGGGAGACGAAGAGUGGUGGGGUUGUUGUGUUUUGGUGAAUGUGACAUAACAUUCAAUCAUCAAGGUCCUCUGCAUAAUACUCGUCUUAUGCGUGCUUAUAGUGUUGGCUGCAGCAGCAGCAGCAGCAGCAACAACAGCAGCAGCAGCAGCAGCAGCAGCAUCAACAACAAUACGCAACGAUUCCUUAGACUACUGAAACAUUGGGUUAAGAGAAGAGAUGUAGGGGAUGGAGCGAAGGGAUUCACGAACAGCUACUCAUGGCAGCUAGCAGGUGUAUACUUCCUGCAGCGAUGUCUUAUACCAACACAGCAGCAACAGCAACAGCAGCAACAGCAGCAGCAGCAGCAGCAGCAGCAGCAACGUGCAGAGACACUGCUGCAGCAGCAAGGGACAUGGGAUCAAUUAGUGGAUGUUUUAUCUGCUAUAUCUGAUCCUUCUUGGUUACCAUUGCUGCCUAACUUACAGCUCCGUCUCCCCCAGCACCAACAGCAGCAGCAGCAGCAGCAGCAGCAGCAACAGCAGCAGCAGCAGCAGCAGCAGCAGCAGGAGUGUAAGGAGUGCGGAGGACGAAUUCCUUAUCCAUUAAAUGCCUUACCUGAAGAUAUUUCUUCGGAUGUUUUCUUUAUAGAUCCAGAUAGGGGAAUAAAUAAACCUUUAUCUAAUAAAUAUAUUUACUGCAGCAGCAGCAGCAGCAGCAGCAGCAGCAGCAGCAGCAGCAGGAAGAGUAGUAGUAGUAGUAGUAGCAGCAGCAGGAAGAAAGUUUGCUGCUGCGGUCCCUGGACAUGCUGCUGCAGCAAUGAAUGGCCAGAGGAUAUUGAGGGUUUAUCCUUAGAGGCAUAUAGUAGACAUUUAUUGUCCCCUAGUGCAGCAGCAGCAGCAGCAGCAGCAGCAGCAGCAGCAUUCAAUAUGAGUGGAUAUAAGCAUGCAUUAGGUCUUCCUCCUGCUGCUGCUGCAGAUACACUGCAGCAGCUACGUGCUGCAUCUAAGAAAGUUGUCUUCCAGUUACCUAAUAUGUGUUCUGCUGCUGCUGCUGCUGCUGCUGCUCCUACUGCUGCUGCUGCUGCUGCUGCUAGGGCUGAUAUUAAAAGACGUCUUGCUGCUCUCCUUGGAUCCGUCGUGCUGCUGCCGCAGCAAAACCCUACACUCGUGCAGCUACUACGAGCAUUCUUCAGGUAUUAUACUUGUCAAUUUAAUUCGGCAGUUUUUGUGUUAAAUAUUGGCGAUUUGUCUAAUAUACCAGCAGCAAAGACACAAAAAUUUUAUGAAUUACCUCUGCAGCAGCAAGCAGCACUUGAUGCUGUUGCUGCAGCAGCAGAAGCAGCAGCAGCAACAGCAACAACAACAGCAGCAGCAGGAGAUACAGCAACAGGAAAAAAUUCAUCAGCAAGAACACGUGCAGCAGCAGCAGCAGGUGAGCAACUAUCAGCAUCAUCAUCAUCAUCAUCAGCAGCAGCAGCAGCAGGAAAGAAGGAAACAGCAACAGAAGGAGCAGCAGCAGCAUCAGCAUCAGCAGCAGCAGCAGCAGCAGCAGCAGCAGUAGCAGCAGCAAAAGAAGCAGGUGCAUCUCCUUAUCCAAAUGGGUCCCAGCAGCACACGAGUUCUAUAACAGCUUCUGAGUUGCUGCGAGGAGCAUUGAUAACAGCUAACCACAGCAGCAGCAGCAGCAACAGCAGCAGCAGCAGCAGCAGCAGCAGCAGCAGCAGCAAGAUCCUUGUAGGUGAGGGUGUAGCCUCCUUAGGGUGUUUAUUUGAUACAUAUGAAUGGGCAGAUGAGGGCAGCAGCAGACGUCAUUCUCAGCAGCAGCAGCAGCAGCAGCAGCAGAAUCAACAGCAGCAGCAGCAGCAGAAGCAGCAGAAGCAGCAGCAGCAGCAGCAGCAAAAAAGAAAAAGAGACAGGCAUGCAGCACAUAGGAGACAAUUAAUAGAUAGAUCUAGGGAUGUAUUUUGUUAUAUAGAGGGACCUAAGCCUUCCUUAUGGCUAUGGGUAUCUCCUUCCUUUAAUUGGCAGCAAAUUGCUGCUGCAGUUGCUGCUGUUGCUGCUGCUGCUGCUCCUCCUCCUUCUGCUGCUCCUGCUACUGUACACAAAAUAGACCGGCAACCGCAGCAGCAGCAGCAGCAGCAGGGGGAUGAUAGGCAACAGAAACAGCAAGAAGAGAAGAGACUGGAUGAGCAGCAGGAGGAUCAACAGCAGCAGCAGCAGCAGCAGCGGCAGCAGCAAUGGCAGCAACUGCAGCAGCAGCAACAACAACGGCAGCAGCAACAGCAGCAGCAACAAGUGCUACAAGAUCAGCAAAGUAGUGCAAUGCAGCAGCAGCUGCUGCUGCAGCAGCAAAAAGAGAUGAAAAGAAAAGAGAAAUUAAAUAUACUUAGGCAAAUGGCUAUAGAGGAAAAAGAAUUAAGGUAA